GCGAGAAGAGAGAUCGCUGUGGUAGCGACGACGCUCCUACUCUCAUCCUCCUCAGCAAAACCGCAUCACUGCCAUGCCAGGCCCAAAAAUGGUGGAAGACGAGACUAAGGACAACGAAAACAUCGCAUCCCUCAAAGAGGAGCAGCAGCAGCUGCUCAAGGAAGAAGCUCCCAUCGUUGACGUAGAGGAUGAAAAGGAUGGCGAGGACGAUGACGAUGACGAUGACGACGAUGAGGUCGGAGGAGAACAAGGACUUGGUGCCAACGAGAACUCUAAGCAAAGCAGGAGUGAGAAAAAAAGCCGCAAGGCAAUGCUGAAGUUAGGGAUGAAACCUGUCACUGGUGUCUCCCGAGUUACCAUAAAGAGAACAAAAAAUAUUCUGUUUGUCAUAUCCAAACCUGAUGUUUUCAAAAGUCCAAACUCCGAAACAUACGUUAUAUUUGGUGAGGCAAAGAUCGAGGACUUGAGCUCCCAACUGCAAAGCCAAGCUGCUCAGCAAUUCAGGAUGCCAGAUCUCAGCAAUGCAAUGGCCAAGCCGGAUGAAUCUGCAGCUGCAGCGAUCGAUGAGGAUGAGGAGGAUGUUGAUGAGACUGGAGUAGAGCCUCGUGACAUUGAACUUGUUAUGACACAAGCUGGUGUGUCCAAGGGGAAGGCUGUUAAAGCACUCAAGGCUCACGAUGGGGAUAUUGUUGGUGCUAUCAUGGAUCUUACUGCCUAACAAAUGGUUGUCUGAUACAGCUUCAAACUCGAUUCUGUUCAUUCAGAGUGCGCUCUCAUCAAGUUUUCUGAUUCAUUCGGCUUAAAAGUUGGGAUAAUGUAAGCUCCAUCUUUUUUACUCUCUGCUAGAUGUUUUGUCUAAACAUCUAUCUUAUCGAACACAGAUUCUCUUGUUGCCUUUCCCAUUUUCAACCUGAAGACAUUUUGAGGUCUACUUCAAGUUCCAA